GCGCCAAGCGGAAGCAGGAGGAGAAGCACCUGAAGCUUCUGCGGGAGAUGAGCAGCCUCCCGCCCAACCGCAAGUGCUUCGACUGCGACCAGCGCGGCCCCACCUACACCGACAUGACGGUGGGGAGCUUUGUGUGCACCUCCUGCUCCGGCAUCCUGCGAGGUUUAAAUCCACCCCAUAGGGUUAAGUCUAUCUCCAUGACCACAUUCACGCAACAGGAAAUAGAAUUUCUGCAGAAACAUGGAAAUGAAGUGUGUAAACAGAUUUGGCUAGGAUUAUUUGAUGAUAGAUCAUCAGCAAUUCCAGACUUCAGAGAUCCACAGAAAGUAAAAGAGUUUCUACAGGAAAAAUAUGAAAAGAAAAGAUGGUAUGUUCCUCCAGAACAAGCUAAAGUUGUGGCAUCGGUCCAUGCAUCUAUAUCUGGGUCCUCUGCUAGUAGUACAAGCAGCACACCUGAGGUGAAACCACUUAAAUCUCUCUUGGGAGAAUCUGCACCGGCACUGCACUUAAAUAAAGGCACACCUAGCCAAUCCCCUGUUAUUGUUAGAUCUCAAGGACAACAGCAGCAGGAAAAGAAACAAUUUGACCUCCUCAGUGACCUUGGCUCAGACAUCUUUGCUGCUCCUGCUCCUCAGUCAACUGCUACAGCAAAUUUUGCUAACUUUGCACAUUUCAACAGUCAUACAGCGCAGAACUCUGCAAAUGCAGGUUUUGCAAACUUUGAUGCAUUUGGACAGUCUAGUGGUUCGAGUAAUUUUGGAGGUUUCCCCACAGCAAGUCAGUCUCCUUUUCAGCCCCAAAAUACAGCGUUCAGAACGCUUUCAUCUAGCUGCAGUUUUGGGGAAUUUACUUCAGCUUUCCCUCUCCAGGCUGUACACAGUGGAAGUGCUGGAUCAGUGAAUGCUAAUUUUGCUCACUUUGAUAACUUCCCCAAAUCCUCCAGUGCUGAUUUUGGAGCCUUCAAUGCUUCUCAGAGCAACACAACAGCAACUGCUGCCAGUAAAGUUGCAGUGAAUAAACAGAAUCUCCAGUCAGCAGACAAAUAUGCAGCUCUUGCUAAUUUAGAUAAUAUCUUCAGCACAGGGCAAGGUGGUAGUGAGCAAGGAGGUGGCUUCGGCUCUGUAGUUACAGCACCGUCAGGUCCUGCUGUGUCAGCCCCAAGUCAGCCAAGUGCAUCUUCAGACAAGUAUGCAGCUCUAGCAGAAUUAGACAGUGUGUUCAGCUCCACAGCAACCUCUAGUAAUGCAUAUACUUCCACCAGUAAUGUUAGCAGCAGUGCUUUUGGAACAGUACCAGUGGCUGCUACUGCACAGACACAGCCUGCAUCUUCAAGUGUGCCUGCUCCAUUUGGAGCAACAACUUCUACAAACCCAUUUGUGGCAGGCCCUGUUGCUCCAGUAGCACCUUCAACAAACCCAUUCCAGACCAACAGCCGAGGAGCAACAGGCCUCUCAGGAGCAAUGCACUCUCACAUAUUUCCUCACGCUCAUUUUGCGGCAACAUUUGGCACAGCGUCCAUGAGCAUGCCUGCAGGAUUUGGAACUCCUGCAUCGUACAGUCUUCCUACUAGCUUCAGUGGCAAUUUCCAACAGCCUACCUUCCCAGCCCAGGGAGCUUUCCCACAACAGACUGCUUUUGCUCAGCAACCAAAUGGUACAGGUUUUGCUGCAUUUGGACAGGGAAAGCCUGUAGUAACCCCGUUUGGACAAGUUGCAGCUGUUGGAGUGUCUAGUAAUCCUUUUAUGGCUGGUGCACCAACAGGACAAUUUCCAACAGGAACCUCCUCAACAAAUCCUUUCUUAUAGCCUUAUAGACACUUUUACCCAAAAGAACUCUUAUGUGGUCACAUAACAUCUCUGCGCCUCUUGCACUGUUGUCUUGUUUCACUGAUCUUAGCUUUAAACACAAGAAGUCUUUAAUAAAAAAACAAACAAACAAACCUGCAUUGUGUAUUAAAACCACUAGGUAAUAUGUGCAAAAUGGGAGGCUAUGGUAACAUCCUUAACCUGUGAAAUGGCAGGAGAAAAGUAGCGGUAUCAUGUAUAUUAAAAAUUGGCUAAUAAGUAAUUGCAGAUACCACAUUCAUUAUGUUGCAGAACUGUACAUAUUUUUUUCUUAGAAAAUAGCUAUUUGUGCAUAUCAGUAUUUGUAACUUUAACACAUUGUUAUGUGAAAAAUGUUACUGGGGAAAUAGAUCAGCCACCUUGAGGUGCUGUUGUAUCUCUUGGAAUGAAUUACCUACAUCAUUUUAACCAUUGCUAUUGGAAGUCAUGAAGUCAAAUUGGAGGUUUUGUUCAUUCUUCAAAACGUUUUCCAUUCCUAAAGAGCUCUUCUAUUUAUACAUGCCUACAUUCUCUAUAAUGUAGAGGGAUACCUGUCUGCCUAAUAAAGCUGAUCAUGUUUUGCUACAGUUUGCAGGUGAAAAAAAUAAAUAUUAGGAAAAAAAGA